UUUAAAAAAGACGUCUUUUUUUAUCUUUUUGCUAACUAGAGAGAAAAAUGAAACACAUGCAAUUUCAAUAGGCUAAAAUCACUAGGACUCCAAUGAGCAAGGGACAAUGUUUAUACCGCACUGCAAUGCAUUAAUUUUUGUUGUUAUAUAUGUCAUUUGACAUACCUACAAGAUUAUUUAGUAAAGUGCGAAGUUCAAUCGCAUUAGCCAGCUGGCAGCAAUUUUCAUGUUUGGAUUUUUAUAGCACUGUAACGGUCUGACCUGACCUAUGGAUAAACUGAUGGCAUCUCUGAAAUCCUCGUCCUUUUUUUCUACAAAUAUAGAUCUAAUCUAAUGUAUCACUAGGCUUAGUUAAAAUUAAAUAUGAGGUCAAAGAGGUGUAGAGUGGAUAUCGCCAAGCAUACUUUUCCUCGAUCAGAUUUCUCUCCAGACAAAUCUAGAACUAUUUUUAAAAUUGUGUGUACUAAGCCAAUAAACUGUGAUGGCUGAUAUGGAACAUGACUUCACUCUUGAUUUGAACUAUGAAAUAAAACAAGAGAAAGCUGAAAUAGAUGAAACAGUUUUAAUAAAACAUCCAUGUGAAAAACAAGUGUCACAGAUAAAAAUUGAGAAGACUGAAUGGGAUGAAGCAGCUUUAAGAACACAGUCUUCUGAAAAUCAUGUUCAAUUUUCCCUAGAAAACCUAAAGCAGGAGUUAGAAAUAGCUAAUAAUAAACCAAUGCCCCCAAGUCUACUGGCUUCAUCAGAAAACAGCAUUCUGCAUCCUGUGCCUGUCAUUGGACUAAGUUUAAAAUCACAAGUAUCUGUGAGUGCUAUUCAAGAAAUUAAACAAAUUAAGGAAAACACUUCACAACCUAAGAAUAAUCAAAAUUGUUUUUUUAGAUCUUCACAGUUAAAAGAUAACAUGGAGGCUGAUACUUCUAAAAAGCGAUUCAGGUGUCUUCUUUGUCAAAAAGAAUGUUCUUUUUAUUCAGGUAUAAAAGAACAUAUGCUGCUUCACACUGUUGAAAAACUAUUUAAAUGUGAUAUGUGUCAAAAACAAUUUCCCAUAUUUUCACUUAUUCAAAGUCAUAUUUUUGUUCAUAUUGAUAUAAAAUCCUUUAAAUGUCAAAUGUGUCUUAAAAGAUUUUCUACAUCUUCGUAUUUAAAAAUACAUCAGUUAGUUCAUACAGGAGAAAAGCCAUUCAAAUGUCAAAUAUGUCACAAAGAAUUUUCUACAUUUUCAUAUUUAAAAAUACAUCAAUUAAUUCAUACAGGAGAAAAGCCAUUCAGAUGUCCAAUAUGUCACAAAGAAUUUUCUAGAUCUUCAAAUUUAAAAACACACCAAUUAGUUCAUACAAAGGAAAAACCAUUCAAAUGCCAUAUUUGUCUAAAAAACUAUACUUCAUCUGCAAAUUUAAAAAUACAUCAGCUGUCUCAUACUGGAGAAAAGCCAUUUAAAUGUCAAAUAUGUCUUAAAGAUUUUACAUGUUUAUCAAAUUUAAAAGUACACCUAUUAGUUCAUACAGGAGAAAAGCCAUUCAGGUGUCAAGUGUGUCUCAAAGAAUUUUCUACGUCUUCAUAUUUAAAAACACAUCAAUUAGUUCAUACAGGAGAAAAACCAUUCAAAUGUCAAAUAUGUCUCAAAGAAUUUUCUAGGUCAUCAAAUUUAAAAGCACACCAAAUAGUUCAUAUUAAGGAAAAACCAUUCAAAUGUCAAAUAUGUCAAAAAAGUUUUAAAAGCUCUUUAAAUUUAAAAAGCCAUCACCUAGUUCAUACAGGAGAAAAUCCAUUUAAAUGUCACAUAUGUCUCAAAGAUUUUACAUGCUUAUCAAAUUUAAAAAUACACCAAUUAGUUCAUACAGGAGAAAAACCAUUCAGGUGUCAUGUAUGUCUUAAAGAAUUUUCUAGGUCUUCAAAUUUAAAAACACACCAAUUAGUUCAUACAGAGGAAAAGCCAUUCAAAUGUCAUCUUUGUUUAAAAGAAUUUAUUACCUCUGCAAAUUUAAAAAUACAUCAGCUAAUUCAUACAGGAGAAAAACCAUUCAAAUGUCAAAUAUGUCUGAAAGAAUUUUCUGCAUUUUCAUAUUUAAAAAUACAUCAAUUAGUUCAUACAGGAGAAAAACCAUUCAAAUGUCAAAUAUGUCUCAAAGAAUUUUCUAGGUCUUCAAACCUCAAGACACACCAGUUAGUUCAUACAGAUGAGAAACCAUUUAAGUGUCAAUUAUGUCAAAAAGAUUUUGAGACCUCUUUAAAGCUAAAAAAACAUAAGUUAGUUCAUACAGAAAAUAUUUUAAAAAUGUAAACCAGUAAGAAUGUAAUAGCUCUUCAAAGUCAAAAUGUCAAGUUAGUUCAUAAAGGAGACAAACCAUUCCAAUGUUAAAUAUUUCUUAGAGAUUUUUUGUGCUUGACUUCGGAAACUGAGGUCCUAGGUUCAAAUCUUGGUGAAGACUGGGAUUUUUAAUUUAGGCAUCUUGGGCGCCUCUGAGUCCACCCACCUCUAAUGGGUACCUGACAUUAGUUGGGAAAAAGUAAAGGCGGUUGGUCAUUGUCUUGGCCACAUGAUACCCUCAUCAAUUAUGGGCCACAGAAAUCUGCUCUAUAGAUCGCUAGGUCUGAAAUGGGAACUUUACUUUUUUAAGUUGAAAAACACACAUACAUACUAACUCAUACAGGUGAAAAGCUACUCAACUGUUAACUAUGUCAAAAAUAUUUGAAUUAUGCUUGAAAUUAAAAAUACAUUUAUUCAUAAUAUAAAGCAGAAAGUAAGGCUUAUAAAUGUAUGUAUGUCCUGAAUAGAAAUAAAAACCGUUUGACCAAUCUUGAUAAAACUUGGGCAUAAAUAUUCCUUAUUUACUAACUAAAAAAAGUAACAUAUGUAAAGUAGCCCUAAAACAAACUUAAGACCCUCAAACAAAAAGUUAAUUACUAUUUCAUGGAUCUAUGUUAUAUAGCCAUAUUUACAUGAGACAACAUCGAAAGGUCAUGCAUGUGCAGAACAGAAAAUCUCUCGAAGCAAAGUUCUAGAUCUAAUUCUAAGAUGAUAUAUCUGGUCUUCACAAAGAUAGUUUUUUUUUACUUUAACACACAAACAUACAAAAAAUAGUCCAUUCAUUUCAUUAAUAAAAUUAAUCUUCAAAUUAGUGUAAAAAGUAUUUUUACAUAAAUUCGUUCCCUAAUGCUGCGACGUAUCUGCCUUGACGUACAUUUAUUAGCCAUUCAUGAUAUUCCGCACUUCUUACAUUAGACACUACCGAAAGGUCAGGCUUGCACAGGAUAUAAAAUUAUUACAUUGAUGCAUUCGCUUUAUUUGUAACAUUAUUAUUUUAACUGUUUCUAAUACAAUAUCAGGGACACCCAAAUUGAGACCUGCGGGUAAUAAAGAGCUAGUUAAUUCAUAAAGAAGAAAAACCGUUUAAUUAUCAGUUAUGUAAAAUGUCCAAUAUGUCUGAAUAAAAUAUACAUGCUUUGCAAAUUUGAAAAUACAUCAUUUAGGUCAUGUAGGUGGAAAGCUACCAGUAUCUUAAUGUCAAUUGUCUCAAAUAAUUACAUUCUUUUCAUAUAAAAAAAAAUUAUUUAUUAUUUCAGACCAUGGGCAUAGCCAGUGGCGUUUGGGAUUUAAACUCCCCCUUCCCUUGGAAGAGGGGAUUUAGUGCUAUUAGUUUGUUGUUGUUUUUUUAACAGUUGCAAAAAUACAGUCACCAAAUUCCAUUAGUACAGCUAAGGGAGGUUAUAAGGUUUAAACCCUUUCAAUAAAAAGAAACACUAACCUGGCAAGGUAACCUCAAUACUGAAAUGGGUACCACCAACACUGAAACCCUAUAGAAAAAUAAACAAGACCCAUCCUAAAUAGGGCCAAAGAGUCCAACCAAAAAAAAUAGGUUUGUUACGAGCAGAUAGAUAAAGGCUCUUAAUCAUUGUUAGGCCUACAAGCAGACUCUUAAUCAUAGGCCUACGUCAAAACAGCCCUAUCAGUUGUAGAUGAGAACUUAAAUCUUGAUUCAACGAAUAUGUCAAUAAUAACCUUGCUUACAACUCAUCCAGUUUCUAAUCUCUUUCUUCUUUCAACAUGCAUUCCCACCAUUCCACAUUUACACUUCGCUGUGUACAAAGUCCAAGGCAAUAACGUUACGGCACAAUAAAGUGCGUUGUCAUAGAAAGUUACGACGACGUAGCACCUAGAAGAAAGCGGCGAGUUAGAUGUUGAACAU